ACGUAUUCUGUAGUCUGUAGUAACGAGUUUACACGUGUUGAUUUCCGUAAAUUUUAACUUUUAUAAUAACAGAUAAUUAUUCCUAGAAAGUAAUAAUGAGCAACCAUGAUAACAUUAUUAAGUAAGCGAUUUAUCAAGCAUGCUUCAAAAAUCACAAAUUAUAGUACUGUGAUCACAGUCACAAUAUUAGUGAACGAACAUCUGACGAAUGAAGAUGCUUCAAGAUUAUUCCUGACGAAAAAAUUUCUUUUCCAAGAGAAUUUUUGUCAAAUAAAGUAAUAUUCUGAUUCACUAUUCAUGUAAGUCAAAUGAUAAACAAUUAUCUUAUCAAAAACUAAGAAAAAUCAAAAUUUUCGUAAGUAGCUGAAAGAACAAAUCUUAGGUAUGUGGUAUUAAUUGUAUUAAGUGGUAAGUUUUAUUAAGACAUUUGCUUACUCUGGCAAAGGAAAAGUUCCAUUCAUGUGAAUUAUGUCAUAAAGAAUUGAUUUCAAAAGGAAUUUUUAAUCAUUCGUAUUCAUUCGCAUGAAGAACAAAAAACUCAUACUGUGAAAAAAUUAUAUACAUGUGAAUUAUAUGGAAAAGUAUUUUUCUAAAAUAUGUCAUUAAUUCAUACAAAGAAGAAUUACUACAUGCAUAAAAAUGAUGAAGAAACAUUUUCUCAAAAUGCUUAAAACAUUUUAGUUAAAAGGCAAAUUUCAUUCAUGUUAGCUAUAUCACAAGUUUUCUUCAUUUAAAAGAAUUUUGAAACAAUAUCUAGUUUCUCAUAUAAAAGAAUAAUGCCAUCCUGUGAUGAGUGUAAUAGUGCUUUUAAAAAGCUUGCAUUUGAAAGAACAUUUAAUGACCCACAAAGAAGAACUGUCUUAUAUAAGUGGAAAAGUAUUUUCUCAAAUGUGCACAUUAAACCGCUUGUUUGAUUCAUAUAAAUGAAAAACUAUUCAUGUGAGAUAUAUGAAAAUAUUUUCCUGGAAGCAUUCAUUACAGCUUGAUUUAUCACAUAAUGGAAAAGUCAUUUCUUUGCAAAGAAUGUGGAAAAGCAUAUUCUCAUAAGCAUGCAUUAAAACAGCAUUUACUAUCCCAUACGAAGGAAAAACCAUAUUCAUGUAAGCAAUGUCACAAAACUUUUACCUUUAAAGGAAAUCUGAAACAGCAUUCAAAAGAAUCCCACAGCUGUGAAGUACGUGGAAAACAUUUUCCCCAAAACUUGCAAUUAAAACCACAUUUAAUGACUCGCUCAAAAGAAAAACCAUGUGUAUGUCAGAUAUGUGAAAAAGAAUUUUCUCUUAUAGGAAGUUUGAAAAUACAUUUACUUACCCACACAAAAGUAAAACCUCAUGCAUGUGAAAUAUGUGGGAAAAAAUUUUCACAUAAAGGAAGUUUGAAAAUACAUUUACUUACUCACACAAAAGUAAAACCUCAUGCAUGUGAAAUAUGUGGGAAAAAAUUUUUACUUAAAGGAAGUUUGAAAAUACAUUUACUUACCCACACAAAAGAAAAACCUCAUGCAUGUGAAAUAUGUGGAAAAUCAUUUUCUCAAAAGUCACAAAUAAAACCACAUUUAUUGACUCACACAAAGAAAAAAUUAUAUUCAUGUCAGCUAUGUCACAAAGCAUUUUCUCUUAAAGGAAGUUUGGAAAAGCAUUUAAUAACUCAUACAAAGGAAAAAUCUCAUGUAUGUGAUAUAUGUCAAAAGACUUUUUCACAAAAGUCAUCAUUAAAAUUACAUUUACUUACCCACACAAAAGUAAAACCUCAUGCAUGUGAAAUAUGUGGAAAAAAUUUUUCACUUAAAGGAAAUUUGAGAAUGCAUUUACUUUCCCACACAAAAGAAAAACCUCAUGCAUGUGAAAUAUGUGGAAAAUCAUUUUCUCAAAAGUCGCAAAUAAAACCACAUUUAUUGACUCACACAAAGAAAAAAUUAUAUUCAUGUGAGCUAUGUCACAAAGCAUUUUCUCUUAAAGGAAGUUUGGAGAAGCAUUUAAUAACUCAUACAAAGGAAAAAUCUCAUGUAUGUGAUAUAUGUCAAAAGACUUUUUCACAAAAGUCCUCAUUAAAAUUACAUUUAUUUACUCACACAAAAGAAGAAUCCCAUACAUGUGAAGAAUGUGGAAAAACCUUUUUUCAUAAAUAUGCACUAAAACAACAUUUAAUGAUUCAUGCAAAAGAAAAACCCUAUUCAUGUGAGCACUGUCACAAAACUUUUCCUGUCAAAGGAAGGCUGAAACAGCAUUUAAUCACUCAUUCAAAAGAAAAAUGCCAUGCCUGUCUUUUUUGUGAUAAAGUGUUUUCACAAAAGUCAAUUUUAAAAACACACUUCCUGACUCACACAAAAGAAAAACCUUAUGUAUGCGAGAUAUGCAGGAAAGCAUUUUCUCAAAUAUCAAAUUUGAAACAACAUUUACUUUACCACACAAAAGAAAAACCUCAUGAAUGUGAUAUUUGUGGAAAAGCAUUUUCACAAAAGGCACAAUUAAAAUCGCAUUUACUUGUUCACACAAAGGAAAAAAAAAAUUAUGCAUGUAAAGUAUUAGGAAAGGAAUUUUCUCAAAAGAGUACUUGAAAAAAGAAAAACUUGCAGAAAAAAAAAGAAAACAUGCACACAAGUAUUAAUAGACAACCUUAGGUAAGUUGAAAGUUAAGUAAAGCUUUUCUGAAAAACUUAUAUUAAAGUCCUACUUAUAGACUUGAAGAUUGGAGAGCUGAAACAUGUGAUAAAAAGAUUUAAUGAUUAGAACUAUAUGCAAAGUCCUAUAUGUACUUUCUCUUAUAAAAGAAUAGUUCUAUGCAGGCAAAGUUUCUAUAAAAGGAUUCUCCCAUUUAUGUUAUUUUAUAUGUUUUACGUAUGUGAAGCAUGCGAUAUUGUUUUUUGGAAUAAGUAUUUUUGUUUAUCUAUAAAAAUGUUAUGUUUUUCUUUAAAUAACUAUAACACAUUAUUUGAAAAUUUUUCUUUUAUUAAUAUUUUCCAUCUGUACAACUCAUCUGAAAAAAAAAGUACUAUGUGACUGUAAAAUUAAUAUAAUUAAGAUAAUUGCCAUAAAUCAUGGGAUAACAUUUCUAAAAUUUGGUGGCAUACAAAAGUGCCAUGGCACAGUGGUUGAGAAUCACUGAUCUAAACAUUACAGUUGGAUAAUGUGGUGAAAGCUUAUAAGUCAGUUAAAAGCUACGCUACCCGGGCAAAAGUUGUAGUACUCCGGCUUGCUAUAUCAUCAGACCAAUCAUGCCUCAACUUCUGCUCGGGCCAAAUGAAGACUGGUUGAUUCGAUUGAGGUCUUGCCAUUUAUAUCUCUGUAGCUGUCAGGGAGAUGCAAGGCAUUCUAGAUAUCUUCCAGAAUGUAAGGAAUUCCAGACAGUACUAUUGUGAAUCCUGUUUUUGAUUCUGGUUGACAUUUCAAAUACUUUCUGUAGCAUACCAUUUUUUUUUUCAAAAUCAAACCUGUCAUUAAAACAAUUUUUGUUACAAUAACACAGUUUCUUUUCUUUGCUUCAUUAACUGUAAUUUGUGUAAAGAGAAUUUCGGACCCAGCAAUGCUCAUUCUAAAUGGUUUUUGAGCCCUUUGCAUC